GCGGAGCGGGCUGUUCCCGGGGCGGGCAGGCAGCUGCUCGGGUGCGCUGGUCCGCUGGGGUUGCCAGAGCUCCUCUCCAGGCUGCUCCACGAGGACGCGCUUGACGCUCGAUCCCUUUUUAUAGACACUGAUAUUCUCCCCCCUUGUUUUUUCGGGGUGCGCUGCGCCCAGCGCCGCGGGCGCCCGCUGCCCUGAGCGCUGCCGUGCCGGGAGGCGCGGGGGGCCGGGGCCGCGAUGCGCAGAGAUGGGGCCUGUGGCUGCUCCCGCAGGGGCUCGUAGUGCCCGCUCGGCGCUGAGUGCCCGGGUGCCGGGGAGGUGCGUGUAGGAGAGGCGCCAGUAGCGCUGGAUUUUAUCCCGUUGUAGAGGUGCAGGCAGAAAGGGAUUCAGGUGUGUUGGGGUGUAGUUUUUUUUUCUCGUUGCGUACAUCAGCUUGUUUGCCCCUUCCCUCCCCCCCUCUUUUUUUUUUUCUUUUUUUUUUUUUUUUGUGUGAGGUGGGAGCCCGGGGUGUCUGAUUUUCCUCCAGCUGAGCAGUGCAGUUGCAGCGGUAGCGUUGAAAUCCUGCUCCUCCUGUGAGCUCGAGCCAGGAAAAUGGAGGCUGUGAUAGAGAAGGAAUGUAGUGCGCUCGGAGGGCUCUUCCAGACCAUCAUAAGCGACAUGAAGGGAAGUUAUCCAGUGUGGGAAGAUUUUAUAAAUAAAGCUGGGAAACUGCAAUCUCAGCUUCGGACUACAGUAGUAGCAGCUGCUGCCUUUUUGGAUGCCUUUCAGAAAGUGGCUGACAUGGCUACUAAUACACGUGGUGGUACCAGAGAGAUUGGGUCUGCUCUCACCAGGAUGUGUAUGAGACACAGAAGUAUAGAGUCCAAACUCAGGCAGUUCUCAAGUGCUUUAAUUGACUGUCUGAUAAACCCACUUCAAGAACAGAUGGAAGAGUGGAAGAAAGUGGCCAAUCAGCUGGAUAAAGACCAUGCAAAAGAAUACAAAAAAGCCCGCCAAGAGAUAAAAAAGAAAUCAUCUGAUACACUGAAGCUACAGAAGAAAGCAAAGAAAGCUGAGGCUCUGGGACGGGGUGACAUUCAGCCCCAGCUGGAUAGUGCUUUACAAGAUGUCAAUGAUAAGUACCUGCUGCUUGAAGAAACUGAGAAGCAAGCUGUCAGAAAAGCUCUGAUCGAGGAGCGCGGUCGAUUCUGUGCUUUCAUCUCGAUGCUGCGCCCUGUGAUCGAAGAAGAAAUAUCAAUGCUAGGAGAAAUAACCCAUUUACAAACCAUAUCAGAUGACCUGAAAAGUCUCACCAUGGAUCCACACAAAUUGCCAUCCUCAAGUGAACAGGUAAUUUUAGAUUUGAAAGGUUCUGAUUACAGCUGGUCUUACCAGACUCCUCCAUCCUCUCCCAGUACUACCAUGUCCAGAAAAUCCAGUGUUUGCAGCAGUCUGAACAGCGUUAACAGUAGUGAUUCCCGGUCCAGUGGCUCGCACUCGCACUCACCUAGUUCACACUAUCGCUAUCGCAGCUCCAAUCUGCCUCAGCAGGCACCCAUGAGGCUGUCCAGUGUGUCCUCCCAUGAUUCUGGAUUCAUGUCCCAGGAUGCUUUCCAGUCCAAAUCGCCAUCCCCCAUGCCACCAGAGGCACCUAACCAGUUGUCUAAUGGGUUUUAUCACUGUAGUUUAUCAAGUGACCCAUCCGUAGCUUCAGUUGGUGCAGGUCCUUUCCCUCAUUUCCCGCCUGUCUCCCGCGCGUGGACUCGGGCUCCCUCAGCCCUCCUUCCAGACUACGUUCAUUAUUACACCAUUGGGCCAGGCAUGUUACCAUCAUCUAAGAUCCCUAGCUGGAAGGACUGGGCCAAGCCGGGCCCGUACGAUCAGCCCAUGGUGAACACAUUGCAGCGUCGCAAAGAGAAGCGCGAGCCAGAACUCAAUGGAGCAGCUCAGAGCGGAGCCCCUGCGCCCCCCGAGGAGGCCCAGAGACCUCGGAGCAUGACGGUGUCAGCUGCCACAAGGCAGGGUGAGGAGAUGGAGGCCUGUGAGGAGCUGGCACUCGCUCUGUCCAGAGGGCUGCAGCUGGACACCCAGAGGAGCAGUCGGGAUUCCUUGCAGUGCUCCAGUGGCUACAGCACCCAGACAACAACUCCGUGCUGUUCAGAGGACACGAUCCCAUCUCAAGUUUCAGAUUAUGAUUAUUUCUCUGUGAGUGGUGACCAGGAGGCAGAACAACAGGAGUUUGACAAAUCUUCCACCAUCCCAAGAAACAGUGACAUUAGCCAGUCCUAUCGCAGAAUGUUUCAAACCAAGCGUCCUGCUUCCACCGCAGGUCUGCCAACCACGCUGGGACCGGUCAUCGCCACCCCCGGCGUCGCCACCAUCCGACGGACGCCUUCCACCAAGCCUUCGGUCCGGCGCGGGACCAUCGGCGGAGGCCCCAUCCCCAUCAAGACGCCGGUGAUUCCCGUCAAAACGCCGACUGUCCCCGAUAUCCCGGGGGGGCUGCCCGGUGCCCUCGCUGGGACAGAAGAGUGCCCCGAGCAAAGCCUGGAGUCUCCGGCAGCGGGAGAUGGUGGGCCAGCUGUGGCCAGCCUGCCCUCGUGGAGCGGGCAAGCAGCUGUCAACCCUCCGGCGUCGGGCCAGAAGCCGGGCGCUGCCGAGGAGCAGAGGCAGGCGGUGCCCGAGGGCGAGGAGGGCGAGCGGGAUGCGGUUGGCAGCCUGGCGCCCGCCGGGCAGGCGGAGCCGGAGCCCGGCGAGCUGAGCCCCGGCGACGUCCCGCAGGGGGAGGAUAUGCUCAACGCCAUUCGGCGCGGCGUCAAGCUGAAGAAGACGACCACGAAUGAUCGCUCAGCACCUCGUAUUUCCUAGGAGUGGAGAAGCUGCCAGACUACUGAAUGCCGAGAAGGAACUGUGAGAAAACUAAUUUGUCUCUAUCCAUUCCAAUCUGUAGUCAAUGAUUUUUUUAAGAUACUCGGUAACAGACAGUCUGAAAGUACUCUAAAAGAGCAAACAAACGAAAGAGUGUAGUAAGACAUAAUCUUCAGUGGUGUUUUAAUUUGUAAAUAUCAAUGAUUUUGUUUCUGCAUUUUUUUGAUCUAAGUUACACUUUUAAUUUUUUCUGAAGGUGCCAAAUCCCAUUUACCUUUUUUAUAACUCUCUUUGUAAAGUUUUAAAUCAUAGAAGAAAAAAAAAACUGUCAAGUAGUUAACUUCAGCAAAGGGAUUUAAUGAAAAUUUGGCUUUUUUGCAAGCUUUUGUAGAGCGCCUUGUAAUAGUGAGGUUAAAAAAUAGAACAAUGGGACUUACUACAGUUUAAGUCAAGCUAUAUGGAACGUAUCCUCAUUUAAGUAUUUUAAAAAAUUUUGAAAAGCAGGAAAAAAAAUUGACAAAGCAAUAUAUAAUGCAAGGAAGAAACCUGCAGUUGGUAGAGUUAUUGGGGGGUAGUGGGGGAGGGAGAUGCCAUCAAAAUAGCAGAUGCUGUUGCACAAAAGUAGCCUAGUAGGAUGAUUUACUAGUAGCUUCAUGGUAAAUGCAUCAGAAUAAGCCAUAUUGGAUUGCAGUGUUUUGUUUCUGUAGGGUGUUUUAAAAACUGGGUUUUUCCACAUUUCUUUUUUGACUGCACAGCAGCAAUUCUCAGUCACAUGCAUGCAGCCAUAACUGUGUAGGCUUGGUUCUUCCACCUUCAUGUUUUGUUCCACUCAUCCUUCCGCUGAAUACAAACAAGGAAAACAGGCUUAAGGCAGUUAUAAAUGUGAAAACAUUUCUAAAAUGCAAGCAGGGAGUUCUUAGAAGUUAUCAAAAUGCCUUUUUCUGACUGUGCCCAGCAGGCUGGGCACCUUAGAAAGCCCAACUAUUUUGAGAAAACACUUAAAAAUUUGACAGGUGAAACCAGCUUGUGAUCUAAUAAACUGCAAAUGUUUCUUUCCAAUACAGGGGCUUGUUUUUCUUAACUUCUUUUAAAUGGCAGUUGAUUGGCUUUUCUUAAAUACUGAAAAGAAAGGGUUGAGGGGGGUUGGGGGGUGGGGGGUGAUACUGGCUUUUUGAUAAUACUGGGAGUCUGACCACUAUAAUCUCUUUUUUUGUACUUUUAAGUAAUGUUUUUUGGAACGCUGUUGAUAGAAUAAUUAAGAGUUGGAUUUUUUUCCUUAAAAUAAAAGUAAGUUAUUGCUGCAAUACCCAUCUCCUAAAGCUGACAGAAAUUUGCAGACCCCUUGGCAUGACAUGUGUUCCAGUCAAGACAAUCCAGAAGGAUGCUGUCUGCCCACCACAGGAGACCUAUGUGUGGAGGGACACCAGACUUGUGCAUAGAGGAUUGUUUAAAAAUGCACCAAAUAACACACGUAAGGGGCUGGUUUCCACCACACUGCAGAUUUCUGUUGGCUCUAGACUUGCCUACAUGACCUCUUAUGCUUUAAUACAUAACUGCAUUGGAUGUGAAACUUCUAGUAACUGUGUAGUCACUGUGUUCUGUAUGACAGUUUACACUGCUGUGCUUGCUAAACUUUUUUUUUUUUUUUGGUUUAAAGGCAAAAGGAAAAAAAAAAGCAUGAUUCUUAGAAGAUACUAAACCUUCCUUUCUUUGAAAAACAAGCUCCUUAUUACAGAAUAUAAUAAACAGUAGUGCCUGUGGUGUAGCCCACCAAUCUUGAUACAGUAGCUGAUGCAUUGUGCAAAUGAGGCUUUGAGAUGGUUUUUGCAUAAACAAAAACUGUUAGGAGAUAAUAGUUAAAAGUGUUAUUUAAACCUUUGAAAUAAAUGGAUGUAACUGUACCCAAGUACAGCUUUUCACUUGUUUAGUUCUUAAACGUUAGUAUAAUCAGUAAAAUUUAAUAUAAAAUGUUGCCAAAUUCAAUGUAGAAAGAAUGUGACAAAACACUUUGGAUAGUUCUAUUGUUUGUGUUUUUGCAUAUUGUAAAAGCAGUGUCACAGCUGAAAAAUAAAUUGUUUCUAAUGGUAAAUUAUUGUGGUUUAGUUGCUAGUUUGUACUGAGAGUUGACCUCUCCCUGUGCAGUUUUUUGUUCUAAACUGGUAUAAAUAAUUGCUGUAAGUGUGUCUCCCUUCUACAUUGUAAUGAUUGCUUAAGCCUACAUUAUAAAUAAAGAACUGUUGAAAAACUCCCGUA